CUAUUAGACUUUCUCUCUCGCUCAGCGCGACACAUAAACAAAGGCACAUUGCAACUUCAUCCCAGCGCGUCUCUUCUCUCUCUCUUUUCCGUAGCCACUUCAUGCCGAGCCGGUUACACUGGAGCUGAGCGGAGCUGAGCGGAGCACGGAGUACUUUUUAUCCCUCUCUUAUUUUAAAAGAGAAAUUAAAAAAGACAUAUAUUACCUACAUAUCUUUUUUUUUUUUUUUUGAUGAAACCUGAUCACCUUUUGCGACCAUAAGAUUUACUUCAUUCAUCUGAAUUUGAACAUUUUUUGCAAAUUUCUGUUGGAUAUGCACAGGGAAUUAUUAGGGGUCUAAAAACAUAUGUAAAGACGGAACCGUCACAGCAAACAACAGACCCCGGUUCGGAAGAGCGACUGCAGCCGAGCUCUGAGUCCCGGCUCCCGGAUACGUGCAUCGUCGCGCGAGCUGCUACAGCGCCGAACCCCCGCCGCGCGCCACCUCCGCCCUCCAAACCCAGCACGAUUCAGCGAGCAAAAGGUCAACCAGAUCGAUGGCCUUGUGACAAUGAGCAGGAGGUCACAGUCUUUGGAACAGCUCCGUUUUGUCCAUCUAAAAUGCUCUCCUCGAGACAUGCCCUGUGUUCAGGCCCAGUAUGGCCCCGCCCCCCCAGGGUCCAGCUACUCUGCCCAGUCCUUCGUCUAUCCCGGCGAAUACCACAGUAGCGAGCUGAUGGCACCGGACUACGCUAAAUGUGAUCUGGGUGGAGGUGAGAUCUCAGCGGCAGCAGCCACCACGUCACUGCCCAGUUUUAACGUGUUCGUCGAGGGCGGCUUCGAGCCCAAACCCUCGUGCUUGUACCAGAUGUCUGCGCCACAACGGUCCACCAUUAAGAAGGAAGAGGAGAGUUAUGCAUCAGUCGAUGAAGCCAUGGCCACUGGGUCCAUGUAUUUUAAGCAGUCUCCACCUUCGACUCCACCCACACCACUCCACCCAGGUCCUGCUAGCACCUCUUUCCUGUGGGAGGACCCUCAUGGUCUACCUCUGGUGCCCCAGACAUGCUCACGCUUCGCCCAUUUCUAUGAUCAGACGGCACAGUCCGUGCCCACUUCCAGCAGUUACGAGGCGCCCAUGGGCUUGCAGAUCCGGCCCGAGCGCUCUCCUUCGUCUUCUUCCUCGCACCCGCCGCCCGGCCUGGAGCCGCACUCACAUGCGCACUCGCACGUGUACCCACUGAGCGUGGGCAAACCAGGAGGCCUGGGCUUCCGUUCGCUGGGCAUGGGUCCGUGCCCACAGUCACUCCUGGCAGAGAGCUUGCCGUCGCCACCUGGACGUGCCACCUCUGGGGAGGGCACGUGCGCCGUGUGUGGAGACAACGCCGCCUGCCAGCACUAUGGUGUUCGCACCUGCGAAGGCUGCAAGGGAUUCUUUAAAAGAACAGUACAGAAGAAUGCAAAGUAUGUUUGUUUGGCCAGUAAAAACUGCCCAGUGGACAAAAGGAGAAGAAACCGCUGUCAGUACUGCCGCUUCCAGAAAUGUCUCAGUGUGGGCAUGGUGAAGGAAGUGGUGCGCACAGAUAACCUGAAGGGGCGGAGAGGUCGUUUGCCAUCGAAGCCGAAGAGUCCGCUGCAGCCUGAGCCGUCUCCACCUUCACCCCCUCUCAGCCUGCUCAACGCUCUCGUCCGCGCCUAUUCCCAGUCCAUCCCCCGGGAGCUCGACUACAGCCAGUUCAGUGCAGUAGAGACAGGAACUUUAGCCGAGGCUCAGCAGAUUCAGCUCUUCUAUCGCGUCCUCACCAGCUCCAUGGAGGUGACGCGUCGCUGGGCCGAGCGGCUCCCUGGCUUCACUGAGCUCCACCAUGAUGACCAGAGUCUCCUCAUAGACUCAGCCUUCCUUGAGCUCUUCGUACUCCGCCUGGCCAACAGGUCGUUGUUGGCAGAGGAGAAGUUUGUUUUCUGCACAGGCCUGGUGCUCCACAGGCUGCAGUGUCUGCGAGGUUUCGGAGAAUGGCUCGACUCAAUCAGAGAUUUUAGCUCUCAUCUUCAGAGUCUCAGCCUGGACUUACCCGCGUUCUCGUGCCUGUCGGCCCUGGUGCUGCUCACAGAACAAUGUCCUGGCCUCAAGGAGCCCAAGAAGGUGGAGGAGCUGCAGUCCAAGCUCAUCUCCUGCCUUCGAGAUCACCUGAGCUCCGGUGGGGCCACAAGUGUGGCUGCCGCAGGCAAAGCCCCGCCCCCAGUGGCUGCCGUACUGGACCUGAAGAUGGAGCUUCGGUCACAGCGCACUCAAGGCCUACAGAGGAUCUUCUACUUAAAGCUGGAGGACCUGGUCCCACCUCCUCCACUCUUCGACAGAUUCCUGGACACACUGCCCUACUAAUACAGACACGCCCUAAAGCUCGCCUGGGCACGCCCACAGGUUGGGGACACACCACAGAGGACAGAGCCUGAAGAGAGACUCACUGAACUCGAUUUUCUCUCAAGAGGCUCCAGAUGUACACUCUUUCCACCUCAGCUCUGUGUCUGAUAAUGUGUGUGUGUGUUUGUGUGUGUGUAUGUGUGUGUGUGUGUGUGUGUGUGUGUGUGUGUGUGUGGGGAAGAGAGGGAGCAGAGCUGUGCUUUUGGACUGUGGUUCAGUGUGUGUGUAAUAAAUUGAGAGAUAGAAGGUUGGAAGGGUUCUAUUCAGUCAAAAGACAGUCAGUAUGCUCUACAUACACUUACACACAGUUACACAUGAGACACAAAGGACAUAAAAAAUGAGUGUGUGUGAGAGUGUAUAUGCGUCUCUGUGGAAAGCUUGAGGCAAAACGAAUCAACAGACGUCCAGACAAAGUGCAUUAAAUUCUAACCACCGAAUCACACUCCCAAAACUGUAUACAAGUGCAAUUUACUAAGUGCUAUUUAAAAAAAAAACAAAACAAAAAAACAAGGAUUAGACAGAAGAGUAGGAAAGAGUAGAAAGCACAGGAGAGUGUGUGUGUUCCAUUUCUAUUUCAACUCUAAAUUAUUUUAAUACUACGACUCACCCUGUGAAGUAAUGAUAUCAAACCAAGCAGAUGUCUCACACAUCAGUCUGCUCACUAACUCUUGCAACUCUUGAGCAAGUUCUACAGACUUGAAAUUACUGUAGAGUUCUAUUAUUUUUUUCUGGUUUUUGCAAACCAGGGAAUUUUAGGGUUAGAAGUGUAGAGCUAAAAAAGAGUGCAAGGGAGCAUUUGGGCUACAAGCACUUAAAAAAGAAAGAAAGGAGAGAGGGAUGGGGCACGGAAGGAGGGAAUGAUAGAGUGGGAAAGAGGGUGGGAGGGACGAAACAUUCCGUGCUCACGCUCAUUUUUAUAAGUUUCUAUUGUUAACACCAUCUAUUAAUACAGAGGACUUUGUUGCAAAAAAAGUUGUCUUUUAUUUGUACAAAAAAAAAAACAGAUUAUAUGCAUGGUUUUCUCUUUUCUCGCCUUUCUUGCCUGUAUUUAUUUUGUUUGCGAAAGACGGCCAGCUCCUCAAAGGGCUCGGACACAUUCACAGACUGGGCUUUUCCGCUAACAUCGCCCAAAGGCAACCAUUUGCGACAAAUGGAGAAUUAUAUAAAUAUAUAAAUAUAUAUAUAUACACAAUACAAAACUAAUAUUUUGAAGUGUUUUUAUCCAAUAGAUUUUUCAAAUCUUGUGGUACGAGUUGUGCAUUUUUUUGUUUGUUUUUGUUUGUUUUGUUUUUUUUUCAAAGAAAAAACAAGAUUACAAAAAAUGUCUCUUUUUGAUUUGUUUGGAUUACUUUUUUUUUCUCUUUGGUUCACUGGAGGCUCUGUUCAGCACUUUGAAAUCAUAAAGAAAAAAAUGAUUA